UCUUGCGCACGUGAAUGCACAAAUCAGUCAGCAAAAUGGCGUCGGUGGCCAUUUCCACGACGUUGAAAAAAAUUACAGAAUUAAAAGUUGUUGACCUGAAAUCUGAGCUCAAGCGACGGAAUUUGGACACGUCGGGUAUUAAGAGUGUACUCCUUGCCAGACUGAAGCAGGCUAUUGAGAGUGAAGAUGCAGACUCUGACAGUGUUGAGGCACAGGCUCCAGUAAGCACACCAACUCGCAAAUUUGGAAAAGGCAGAGGAAGGAAAACUGAUUCAGACUUGGACACUACCACGGAAGAUGAUAUGGUUUCUAAGGAAACAGAGGAGUAUGAGUCAGAGAAAGAUGUAACAGAUACAGAUGAUGGUACACGGGAAAAUUGUAAGCCUGCGCUCUGCGAGGACAACCUCUCUCAGCCCGAGACUACUGCUGUACCCGAGGUUGAGCCCGAGACAGAAGGCGUGGUCACCGAGGCCGAUUCAGAGCCAGAUGUGGCUGACGCAGACACAGAUGUUGAGCCGGAGCCGGAGGCUGAGGCAGAUGUGGAGCAAGAGGCUGAGGCAGAUGUGGAGCAAGAGGCUGAGGCAGAUGCCGAGCCACAAGUCGACGACGAGGCAGAGGGAGAGCCGCAGGAUGAUGGGGAGGCCGAGCCCGAGGCUGAUGGGGAGGCCGAACCUGAAUUGGAGUCUGAUGAAGAGAUGGCUGCCGAAGCCAAAGAUUCCUCGAAAGAAGUAGAGGAAGAUCACCCGUCUGUGUCGAUGCAAAACGAAGAUGCCAUCACAUUAGAUGUUGAUGGCGACGAUCUGCUGGACACAGGUAAACACGUGAAACUUCCAGAUUCAGAGGCUGACAAGGGCAACGAUGAGCCCGAAGCCUCUGCCGAGAUGGGCACAGAUGAUGACAUGAAGAUUGAAGACAGAGAUGGCAAGCAAGACGGCGAAGCCUGGGGCGAGCCCUCAGAGAACAGCAGAGAUGCCAUGAAGAAGGCUGAAGCUGGAGAUAAAGAAAAGGAUUCUGGGAAGAAAGGCCCCUCAUCCACAGGGGUAUCAGGUCAAGCAAAGAGCUCUUCACGAGACAGAGAUGGAAAAGCUGCUAAGGAUGAUAAGGUUGUCGGGAGCAGCACCAGCAUCAGGUCUUCCCAUAACAUUUGGGUGAGUGGCCUGUCCUUCAACACCAAAGCAGCAGAUCUGAAGAACCUCUUUGGCAAAUAUGGCAAGGUUUUAAGCGCCAAGGUCUUGACAAAUGCCCGCAGUCCUGGCUCAAAGUGCUACGGCCUGGUCACAAUGUCUUCCAGUGCUGAAGUGACGCGUUGCAUCUCUCAAUUGGACUGCACUGAGCUUGAUGGACAGCAAAUAUAUGUUGAAUGCGCCAAAAAUCACCCCUUCAAAAAAGAAUCCUCAAAGAAUGAAUUAGAUGACAAAGCAAGUACCAGCAAAUCAAGUGAAAAACGGAGCGCCACAGGGACCAAGUUGUCUAACAAAUCACAGCAACGAAAAGAAGAGCAAUCUGGAGAAAAGGACAAAGAUUCAUCCAAGGACACUAAAAGUGGCAAAUCUGAUUCUGGUGCAUCAAGUUCUGUCCAAGGUUCCUCAAAGAGGGAUGACAGAUCCUCUGGACGAACAAAGAGUCCAGGCGCUAUGGUACAGGGGGAUCAGACUAAAGGAAAGUCAACUUUUUUCAAAAUGAGACCUUUAAGAAAACCAAGAUAUAUUGAUAAGCCUUUUGUUAACAUGCCAAUGCAAAGACGUCCCAAAUGGCUGUUACCCCCCGAAGAGAUGGAGAUGAUUAAACGCAAACAUCAGUUGGCCAAGGAUGGUGGCUUUGUUCCUUUUGCGAAGAUAAAAGAGCAGAGAAUGCGGGAGCGGAUGGACCGUGCUCGUAGACCCCCAGACCCGCGCAGGCACCGCGAAUUGGCUGAGCAUCACGAACAGGAGUGCCAAGAGCGUGAGAACCUCUCUCGUGAACGUCAUAGACUGGAGAUGGAAAGACAAAAGUUGGAGAGGGAGCGCCUCGAGAGGGAGAAGCUCGAAAGGGAGAGAAUCCGAAUAGAGCAAGAGCGGCGAAAAGAAGCUGAACAUAUGGCGCGCCAACAGGAGCUCAGACGACAGCAAGAGCACCUCCGCUAUGAACAGGAGAAGAGAAACCUCAAAAGAGGCCGUGAUGUAGAGCAUGGUCGGAGAGAUAAUACAUACUGGAACGGCAACAAGAAGAUUCAGUCCGAUGCUCGUCUCAACCAAGGUGGCAACUUCGAGCGACAGCAGAACCGCUUCUCCAACUUAAACCAACGCCAGAGGGGCCGCUUCCCACAGGGCGGUGUCGACCAGAGCAACACAUUUGACAGGCGCAACCGUUUUGACGGAGAGCCAGAAGCAAAGAAGAGUCGACCCGCUAUUCAGCGCGAGGGAGCCGGCUUCGAGCGCUACCCCAAGAACUUUGAACCCGUGCGCCGUGCCGAGCCACCUCCUCCUCGCUCCGCCCUCCGCGACACCGACCGUAGGGAUCGAGACGAAAGGCGGCCCAUCCAGUUGCACGAUCGGCCGAUGGGAGCCCGGAUGUCAGGCGUGUCUAACCCCCGCUCUCCCAGGGAUGGGGGCCAACCCUGGAAGAACAAUGCCAACAUAAAUGCCAACAAGGGCGAGCUACGCGGACCCAUGCGAAUUCGUACCGAGAGGUCGGGCCGAGAUGGCCCCGGUCCAGUCCAAAGAGGAGGUUCUUCAGCGAACCGAGGAAGAGGCUCCUUUAAUGAUCAGGAUGGAGGAAGAGGCAUGGUGAUGAAUGAUCAGUCUUUCAGCUCAGGCCGUCGGGUGGUCGUGGAGUGUCACAGCAGAGAGCAGGGCAUGAGGAAGGAGUGGCACGGUGCCUCGGCUCCCCAAGGAGGAGGAGGAGGCGGCGGCGGCGGCAGCUUCUCCAACAACCGCCGGAUGACCGACAGCCGUCGCAACAUGAUGUCGCAACCUUCUGGUCCCUCAUCUGGAAUGAGUCGCAUCGUCCAAAUCACCAGCAGCUCCGUUCCCAGCCGCGGUACCACGGGCGGCUUUAAGGCUUUCAAAGGGACGCGGCAGUUCUAAAGUCAACUGAAAAAAAAGAAAAGAGGGUCCUGUGGUGGUUUUUCGUUUUGUGACCUAAGUCUUUUAGGUGGCACGAAGAAAUUGUGUGAAUUGGGGGGGGGGGGGGGUCACUUAUUUUGUACAAAGGUUUUCAUCGUAGGAUUUUUCUUGACAUUUGAUUUUUCCGCAAUUUGUAUGUAGGAGUUUAUUGUAUGUAUUUGUAACGUAUUUCCUCCAGCGGUCUUUUUUUUUUUUUUUUUUUUUUUUUUUAAUGUAUUCUAAUGCAGGCAGUACAUGUCCUCUGUUCUCCAUGACUUUUAAAAUAUUUAUCAUGUAGAACAAAUAUAUUUGAUUGCUCUCCUAACUGGUAGUAUGUUUUCUAAAAUUCUAGAAUUGUGGAUUCAUAUUUCUAGAAUUAUUACAGGCUGUAAUUUAGUCCACACUCACCUCCUUUUCCUAAUUUUUAGUUUAUGCAAAUGUCAAAUAAAGCUUUCAACCAGGUUGUUAUAUUGA